UAAAGGCAUCAUAAAAUAUUUGCUCUCUGAUUCCACAUAAAGAACUUCAGCUUUCUCUGGAAACUUAGAGCUCUUUGGAAGCCAAGCAUUCAACAAUGAGGAUCUUUCUGGCUUUCCUUGUUGCAAUGGGCAGCCUAGUGACCCUGGGUGAUGCACACUGCUUUGGUGUACCUCAGAAUCCAGGGAGGCCCUACAAAGGAUGUAUGAAGAAUGGGAAACUGUAUCCCUUUGGACACAUUGAGAGGACAGAAGAUUGCCACAGAUGCAACUGUAGGGAAAGAGUAUUGGAUUGCUGUUCCCUCUUUCAUACUCCUAUUGGUUAUGACAAAGAGAACUGCAAAGUCAUUUUCAACAAGAAGCGCUGUGACUAUGACGUGGUGCAGAAGGACGACCCCUCACAGGAGUGCAUUGUCUAUUCUCGUGUGGGCUGACACCUGCUCCAAACCCCUCUGCACUCUGGAAUUCCUCUCCUUCCUACAGAUGCUUUGCCAUCACAGAGAAGCACGAUGCAGUGAGAAAAUCUCAUAAAAGAGAGCACUUCUGUACUCACUUCUACCCUCCUAACUGUCCUAAUUCAGCUUGCAAGAUGCAUAAUUAGAGUGUCUCAUUUCUAUCAAAAGGUCAUGUUCAUGUUCAUAAUAUUAGUUGUUAAGACUUUGUGUUUUAAGUGAUUUACAGAUGUUACAUAGGAUUUCAUUCUACUAGUUUCCUUUUUAGACCUGUGUUGAUUUUUAAAUUAGAGCCCUAUUACCUGUAAGGUCCCAUGAGUUUCUGUAGAAUCUGGGUCCCAGUUUUCUUACAGAUAAAGAUGGCUUUCCUAGUGCAAGAAGAUUUUUGAUUUGCUGACAGCGCCAGUAAAAGUGUGAAUGAAUGACAAAAAAAAAAAAAAAAAGAAAUCUAACACAGGCUUUGAAUCUCACGUGAAUAUAUGCUUUAAGGGUUUGGGUCUGGGAAAAAUCAGCAUAUUUGUGUGAUUAGCACAUCCAUCCAGAAGUUAUCUGUGGGUGGGGAAGCCCAUCUUCCACUGCAAGGGCACCUCCUCCACCACUUGUACUUGAAGCAGAAUCUGAACAGCUCAGCACAAACAAGAGCUGACACUGGAGAAGAAAGAAAAUGAAUUCUGAUGGGUUUAAUAGGCCAAGGAGAUAUAGAGUCUUGUCCCAUGGGCUCCAAGGAAUAGACUGUGUUCGCUGAGACCCAGAAACUGCAUAUAAAUGUUUUAAAAAUGACAUUUUUUAGUCUCAAUUGUAUUGGUUUUUCUAUUAUCAGAGUAGCUGCCAAUACUGAAACUACUUUUUCCUUUUUUUCUGUUCUAAAUAAAACUAAUUUAGCAAUGAAGCUCAGGAGUCUUUAAUCUCCUUUGCUCUGAGUGGCAAAAUGCUCAACAACAUGGCCACAGGUAGUUUUUACUCAUUUGGGAUUUUUUAUUCAUGAGAUUAUCCAUCUGCAGGAAAGCAGGCUAAUACAUCACUCAUUCACUUUUGAAUUCUUUUCAUUAUUUACAUACCACCAAAAAUUAAUGAAAUGUGUAGGGCAGAAAGGGAGAGGUAAGAGUUCUGUACCUUCACAGCAAUGAGACUAAAGGAAAGCUUGUUGAAUUUUGGUAACUUACUCAGAAAUCCCAAAGAAACUUCCUCUCCAAAUGAGAAAUAUUUUUGUGUUGGUAAGACGCUGGAGAAUAAGUUUUUGCCAUUUUUAUAUCCACAGGUUAUACCAUACAAAGCUCCUUAGAAACAACUCUUUAUUGUCAGAGUAAGUCCAAAUCUCAGUUUCUUAAGGUUUUAUAGCACUCAAAUUCAAUCUGUUGACAUGUAUAUGAUCAGAAAAUCAUGAUAAUACCACACAUUUAUUUAAUCUGCAGCAUAUUUCACAUUUUAAGGAUUUCAAAAAUAAAAUGCUAGCUGUCAUUUUGUGGAAAAAAUUACAUGGAAUUUGUUGCAUUUUCUACUCUUUAAGGUGGCCAUUCCUUUUUGCUUUCUCAAAGAGGGCGUAAGCAAUUGUCCUAGCUCAAGUUUGCUCUCAGAAAGUGAUAAAUUACUUUCAAAAAGUAUUCCAAGACAUUGUGGGGGUUUUACAGCAGGGUUUCCUGGGCUUACUUCUUCACAACACUGCAUAGUGCAUACUGUUAUUACAAAUUAAACAGCCCAAGGGUAAUUCUAGUGAAACCUGUCAGAAAUGCAAGUCACAAAAUCUCUCUUGGUAUUCUGUUCUAGUUCCAGUCCAUCUCAAUCAGACAGGAAGGGUGCAGGACAAGAAAUGGCAGGAAGCAAGAUUUUACACAUUACAGAGGAAAACAGCAAUUUAAAAAGAGAAGAGGUCCCAAAAGCCAAGAUAUCCUUUGGAUUUGGCUGAAGCAUUCUGUGGUUGCCCUCCCCAUCCCAGUCUGUUCUGAGUCCUGCAGCAAUAAUUUCCAGCCAUGGCAUUUAGUCUUCAUGGAAUCAGUAACUAAGAGGUCUUAAAAAUACAAAAAGCUCAUGCUUUCUAAACAGAGCUGAAGUACAUUGUAGGGGGGAUAUACACAAAAUUAACUGAAUUUCCCCAGAAAUAAGUCCAAAGAAUGCUGAACUAAGUAACUGGUGGUAUAAAAUUGAAGUUAAGCCUCCUUUCAUUUGUGCACAUGUUGGGCAGGUUGUGUUUGAAAUGAAAGACCAGAUAAUUUGCUACCACGUGGAGGACCAAAGUCAUGCUCCCAAAGCCGUGUGGCCAGAGCAGGGUCUGCUACUGCACCAUGUAGGUUCCACAAAACCAGAGGCACUAGUGGACAGAACUACAGCAAUGCUCCAAACUGCCACCCUUUCUACACCUAAUUCCUUAAGCCAUGGCUCCACAAAAAGUCUUUUUCACAGACAUGUGUGAAGCUGCUUUAUCAGCUGCAGGGUCAAGAUAACAAGCUGUGUUUGGAAUCACUAUGGUUUUUUUUUAAUUUAUGGAAUAAACUUUUGUCAUUUUUCUGGUUCCCCGAAGACUUCUAAGACUAUUUUUCUUUUGAGAUGGAAGGUAGAAGUGCAGGAUAUUUAGCAUUUCCCAUAAGCUGGAAAUCCUUUUUUGCUGAUUCUGCCACUCCUGUUCAUUCUGAUUUACUGCCUCUGGACCUUUGCUCUCCCUGGUACAGUUAUCUGUGGCCUUCUCCCUCAGUUCUAGCCACACUUCAGAGAUGGAGGUCUCCUCAUUGCAAGCAUGGCCUGGUAUUUAUGGUUGGCCCUUUAGGUCUUUUUGUCUGUGUCCCUUGCUUAGCACUGAUCCUUCAUCCUGGGAUCGGGAUCUGACAGGAUUUUCCAGGCUAGCUGAGAAAUUAUCACGUGUUUUAAAAAUGCAUUUGCACCAAGGUGAAAAAAUUAAGUUUUUUACAUCCCACUGAAACUCCAUUGAAUUAAAACUGAAAUUGGACUCAUGGACGGGGACUUGGCUACACAUGGAAGAAGACAGGUGUGUUCAGAUCAGAGAAGAAAUGAUAAAGUCUCAAGCUUGGGCCUCCCAUCUUGAACUGAGAUCUCAAUUCAAGUUUCUUCUCUGCCAUCUAUUACCUGGGACAAAUUGCUCGCACUGCCUUUGUACCUUGCUAUAAAAUUAACACAAUUGUUUGGCAAUUCCUGUCCUGGGAGACAUUUGAGGGCCUAGGCUUUGAGGUUUGUGGUUACAUGAACCUCAGACCUAAGAAAAGUGUCCCCGCCAAGAUAAAACUUCCUCCUACCACAUUUACAAUAUGUUCUUAUGUAAACAGUGCACUGUAUAUUUUGGUGUUUGUUUGCAUGUGCCUUUCCUUAACACAGUUGUCCUUUCUCACACACAAACGUGACAGACUUCA